AUUUUAUACUUGCUGCAAUGAACGUGUAAUAUUUACUGGCAACAUAUUUCAAGUAAUAUCAAGCAAAAUGUCGGCCCAGGAUCAAAUGCGGGCAAUGUUAGACGAGCUCAUGGGCACUUCAAGGAAUGGGAGCUAUUUCAUGAGCUGUUUCCCAGUCAAAAAUGAAAGGGUGAUGAAAGGCCAAGCCGUGAGUUGACAAAUCUUAGAUCUCUUGCAGAUAUUGAUUUUGUUUUUCUUGUUAUAUGAAAAUUUAGCUUUGUUCUUAGUUAAUAUGAUCAUGUUAAUAUGUUCUCUGCUGUACUGAUGUUACAUUCUUAGUGUCAAGAAGGCUCAAAAUUCAGAUAAAAGGAUGCAUGCAGAAAUUGUAAUUAUUGAAUUCCUGCUGUUGAAGUAAGUGACUAUAUAGAAGUAACAAGAGGAAGAGUAAGUUAAUCGUGGAUAUUCAGGAACAACUUAACUUAAUUAUAUCAAGCUUUUUAAUUACAAUUUGCUUUGACAUAAUUUCAAGAUAAAAGGCAAAUAAUUUUGAACUCUUUGUGGGAAAGCGAUUUGGUGGAUAUUUAUUUUCAGAUGCAGAAGUGCGGGUUCUACUUUCAAGUAGGGAAGGCAUGAAUUGCUUGAAAUAACCGGCCAAUAGUAUGUCAUGUCAAGGACCUCCCUCAUUCGCAGUGUGUAUGUUAUGAGAAAAAUAAAAAUAGGAAGUUAAAAAAAAAUGGAAUUAAUUUAGCACAGUAUACUGGGCUCCAAGAUGUUAGAUAUAUGGUCCCUUAUUACCUUCAUACCAACAGAUACACAUGACUUGUGAGUAGUGAAGUGUACUGUUGGUAUAUUCAAUGGAAUUUCAAAAUGGAUUCUUACUGUUGUACAAAAAAAAACUUAAAUAAUUUCAUUGCAACUUUGCAGUAUAUGACAAUCAUAGUAGACUAUUUUUUCUUAUAAUUUCAUAUUUUUCAGCUUUUGUUCAUGCAAACCAAAUGUAAAAGAUUGAAUUGAUACAGUACAUGUUUUAUUUUAAAGAUAAUCAUAACUGUUAAAAUUUCACAAACCACCCCCUAAUGCUUUUAUGCCAAUUUCUUUCAUCUUGCUGUCCCAAUCAUAAUAUUGUAUAUAUAUAUAACAGCAACAUAAAGCUGUUUGCUCCUAUUAAAUUCUAAGCUUGAAUUCUUGUUAAAAAAUUUCUUAGGUCACUAUUACAAUACAAUGGGAGAUAAUUUGAUAUUCUAUUGCAAAACAUUGUUUGGUUGGUUUGGGGAAAGGUGCAGACACCAUAUAGAUCUAUCCUCUUUACUCAGUGAUGGAAUUAGAAAUGAAAAUUUGAUAAUCUAUAUAUUCCUAGUUUUAUAGGAGCAACCAGUGCUUGUUGCGUGAAGAAAGAAGCUUUCAGAUUGUGAUUUGUUGGUAUAUUCAAAAAUUCAUAAAAGAUUAAGUACUGUUCAUCAGUAAAAAACAAGCCUGAGCUUCAAUAUUUUUUCAUUGUUUGAAUUUUCAAAUUUGAAAGUUAACAUUAAAAAAAGAUAUGUUGUAGAUGCUGUAUUGUCAGAUUUAUUUAAGAAAACACAUUAUUGUUUAUUGUUUUCCCCAUCAAUUUGAGUGACUUGAUGCCAGCUUCUUUCUUAUCAAUGUUAAUGGACAAAUUGUGAAUUGCCUCUCUGGGAAGUGCAAGCAUUGGUGACAGAGAAAUCAUACUGAUGUCCUAUGUUCUACGCUAAUCAGUUUAUGAAUGAUAAAUUUUUAGGGGACACUACGAAGUACAAAGUGAAGUUUGAUGAUCCUCGGGUAUGUAAGAGUUUCCUGCUAGCCUGCUGUCCUCAUGAUAUUCUCUCCAGCACGAGGAUGGACCUUGGUGAGUGUCCGAAGAUCCACGACCUGGCACUGAGAGCAGACUACGAGUGGGCUACCAAAAAGAAGGACUACUACUAUGACAUUGAUGCCAUGGAACACCUACAGAGUUUCAUCGCAGACUGUGACCGGAAAACAGAGAUGGCUAAACGGCGUUUGAAGGAGACCCAAGAAGAGCUAAGCGAAGAGGCUAACCAGAAGGCAGAAAAGAUUCAUCAGCUUGGAGAGAAACUUGGUGAAAAUAUGGCCAAGGCAGAGACCAUGGGAGCAGAAGGAGAAGUGGAGGAAUCCCUGAAACUGAUGGAAGAAGUGGAGGAACUAAAAAAAAAUAAAAGUCUUGCUGAGCAAGACUACAGAAAUUCAAUGCCAGCUUCCAGCUACCAGCAGCAGAAGUUGCGUGUGUGUGAGGUUUGUUCUGCAUACCUAGGUAUCCAUGACAACGACAGACGUCUGGCUGACCACUUUGGUGGCAAACUUCAUUUAGGCUUCAUUACAAUCAGAGAAAAGUUGGAGGAGCUAAAGACACGUGUGGCCGAGAGAAGAAAUUUGAGAGAAAAGGAAAGGGAGGAACAGAAAGUAAAGAGAGAGAAAGAAGAUGAACCCAGGAAAAGUAAAAGUGCUAGUCCUGUGCGUAGACGUAGUCGUAGUACAAGCAAGCGCAGUCGAAGCAGGAGUAGAAGUCGAAGAAAGAGCCGGUCUCGUAGUCAGAGUCGUGACAGAAACAGAAGGCGCCGGUCACACAGCAGUAGUCGCAAUAGAAGGAGAUCCAGGUCAGGUGAUCGUAGAUCACACAAAAGGUCAAGACAUUCAAGAUCCAGGUCUAGAUCUAGAGGCUCAAGAUCAAGGCGUUCCAGAUCGCGUCGCUCCAGGUCACGUCGUUCAAGGUCACGUUCCAGGUCAAGGUCACGCAGACAUAGAAGGAGAUCAAGGUCAAGAUCCAGACGUUCCAGAAGCAGAUCAAGGUCCAGAAGGCAUCGCCACCGAUCACGGUCAGAGCCACGCAGAAGUCGGAGUGCAGAGCGCAAAAGAGAUUCGAGGUCAAAGUCCCGUGACAGUUACCACUCAUAGUCCCCUUCUUUGAUUCAAAGGAUGAAAGUGCUUGCAAGAAGAAAGGAGGAAUCCGACAGAAUGUGCGCAUGCAUGAAUUACUCAAUAGAUCAUCUGUACACGACAACUGUACAAUUAUCCAGUGGACAAGAGGAAAAUUCAUGUUGCACGCAAUAAGGAGAAUUUCUGUGUACAUAUGACAUUAAAUAUCAAUAGUGAUACUUUAACCUAUUAUACUGAAUCUUCGUCUUUGACAGAUGAUUAUGUGUAUGAAGUGACUACCGCCGUAUGUAUAUGAAGUAACAUGCAGCAGAAUUGAAUAUAUUGCUCUGUUUUACCCAUUCUCAAUGCCAUUGGUUUACUUACUUACUUGAUGAUGAUAGUCCAGAACUACAGGUUUGAGUGGUACAGUAUGAAUAAGUCUUUUAAAAAAUUUUAAUUGUUACCAGCACAUGAUAUUAAACACUGUUCAUGAACUGGUUUAAUUCAUUGUAUAAAUUCAUCAAAACUUGUAGUAUAUUUCAUUUUGUAUUUUAAAUUGUAACUGAUGGUUGGUGUUACAAGUCUCAAUGAUGAAAACAUAAUUUUGUACUACAUAAGUACACAUAUAUAUGUGAUGGCUAAAUGGCCAUGAGUUUAUGCCAUGACACAACACCAGUCUUUUCAUAAACAUAUACCUUUUAAAACACUACUAUUCAGGAAUUUGCCAUGAAAGCAUCCUUGGGGAAAGACAUUUUUAUAUUCAUAAUAAAUAAAUGUUAUUUUAAGGAAAAUUGUAUUCUCAUUUCAAUUGGUUUAGUUAUAAAACAAUAAGAUCAGACAAUUUGCAUGCAGAUUUCAGUGUCUUCUCUAGUCAAGUUUGGGUGAGCAAAACAAGCCUUUCUGGCCUCUUGUUCAUAUUUAUAGAUGUGAAAGUUGUCUUGAUACAACAUUAAUUAAAUGGUUUGGUUAAGAAAUUUUAUCGUCCUAGUAAUUUGGCUGAUUGAUACAUUUUUCCAUUCCAUAUACCAGGUAUGUAAAAAAUGCAUGCUUAAUUCACAUAUCAAGUGGUUUUUAAAAAGAAGUGUAGAGCAAGAAAAAUCAUUGUUCAAUAAUUUUUUGGAUCACUGAAGAAGCAGUUAAAUAAUAAAUAAAGCAUAUAGCAUAUUGAAAAUGGUCCUUUUGUUACGAUAAAUUGAUGGCAUGUAUUUGAAUUUGAAUAAAAGCCAUUGCCCUG